GAUUUAUUGGAUUUUUGCUGAUAUUCCUAACUCAAACCGGAAGUUAUGGAAAUGUACUUCCGGAUGACACCAGCUUUUGUGGCGGCCGCAGUGGCGGUGGGUCCUGGAGCGUAGACAACCCAGAAACUGGAGCACAAUUGGAAAGUGUUCCUGUAUCCCUCUCGGAGGUUUCCCAACGUCUAGUUAUAAAAAGUCAAUAUAUUGCUGACACGACCAGAAAUCUUAAAUCAUUAUAUGCUGCCAACAAAAUACAAGAUUCCAGUCAACUUGAAGUCCUUUCUUCCAUGUCACGCUUGACGGGCUUCCCGCCGAAUCCUUCUGAAGGCAGGCUGAAUGAUACAUUGUUAAAUAAUUUCAACGGGUUACAGAAAAUCUUAGCUUUCAUGAGGUUGGCGAAGAAAAACGAAUAUUCUCCAGUGUAUAAACGAAGCAUUAGCACGAUAAUGAAUCAGAUUAAGGGCAUCCUGUGUGAACUUUCCAUAUUGUUAAGGAGUCAGAGUAUACCAGUACAACGAAUUAGAAUGCGUAUGCCAAACGAUUACAAAACCAUGUCACAGACCUUUCGCUAUUCCUGGAUAUAUGUUCUACUGCGUGACGUACUGGGAUUCUUUGAAGGAAGCAUAACCCUCUACACAUCGUACAGCUAAGAUUGUGUAUAGCCUUGUGAGGGUAUCAAAUCGAUUAGGGAGAUUGGCUAUGGAAACAAAAUGGCAGUGUGACUUGAAUCUGAGUGAAAUUCAGAGUGUGAAGGUGUAUUGAUGUUUAUCAGUAGGAGUGUCGGGUGUGAAUGUGUAUUAACAUUUUGUACGUUUAUCAGUGAGAGUGUCGGGUGUGAAUGUGUAUUUAUGUUUAUCCGUGGGAGUGUCGGGUGUGAAUGUAUAUUUAUGUUUAUCAGAUGAAGUGUCGGGUGUGAAUGGGUAUUAGUGUUUACCUGUGGAAGUGUCGGGUGUGAAUGGGUAUUAGUGUUUACCUGUGGAAGUGUCGGGUGUGAAUGGGUAUUAGUGUUUAUCUGUGGAAGUGUCGGGUGUGAAUGGGUAUUUAUGUUUAUCUGCGGGAGUGUCGGGUGUGAAUGUGUAUUUAUGUUUAUGAGUAGAAGUGUCGGGUGUGAAUGGGUAUUAGUGUUUAUCUGCGGGAGUGUCGGGUGUGAAUGUGUAUGUUUAUCUGUGGAAGUGUCGGGUGUGAAUGGGUAUUUAUGUUUAUCUGUUGGUGACUGGUGUGAAUGUGUAUUUAAACUAUGUAGUAGUGUAAGAGAGGAAAUUAUCUUUUUAUCAAUAUGACAUCAUUUAUUUAUUUGAAUAAGUACAUUUAUAACAAAUGCCUCUACAGACAUUAUCAUUUACUCCAUUGAAAUCAAGAGAUCUUCAUAAUAAAGUAUUAGGUUCGAAAUGAU